GAGCCGUAUCGAAAAAUGGCGACCGAUUCGUGAUGGAUUGUACGGCCGGGUGGCGAAAAAAAGAGACAUGCAGAUGAACUUCAGUCAAGAAGUGCAGUCAUAAGUGAGCAAGCACAGGCCGCCUUCCAGCCAUGUCCGGUCGGCGGGUAGACAUCAAUACAGCCCGGGUGGAGGAGUUGGCCACCUUGCUGGGUGUGGGCAAGGCACGCGCUGAAGCCAUUGUGGAGAGAAGACAGAACAUCAACGGCUUCAACAGCAUUCUGGACCUGACCACGGUACCUGGCAUCGGCAAUGGCGUGGUGGACCAGAACAGCAACGCACUCACCUGCGGUGCGUACAUCAGCCACUCCCCACCCUCCUCCUCAUUGCAUCCUCAUCGGCACGCCCCUGCAUCCAGCGCCAGCCCCCCGGCAGGCACCAGGGCCGGUCCCAGCGGACACAGGGCAAGCACUAGCGGACUCAAACAGGGUACCGGAAACUCGCGACCCAGUUCCAGCGGACUCAAACUCGGUAGACUGAGACCAAGCACCGCUGCUUUUGGAGCCGGCGUGCGGAGAUCGGCCGGAAAGGCGGCAGCCUCCAAAGGCAGGACUAGCACCCUUAGGUCUAUCUUGAGCACGUCUAAGACUGGCACCAGCCGAACUCAGAACAGACAUGCCAAGCUUGGCAGAAGAGCUUCGGCCACGCUGCAGCGAUUCUCCACUUCUCCCUCCACGUGUAGAGCAACAAGGAGGAAUAAAUCGUUACCAGACGUUCAGGAGGAUAGUGAUCUUAGGUCCAGGGUAUCAUUACGAGACUUGAGCUGUCGGGCUUCCACCUCAUCAGCAUCGUCAGCUGCUUCACCAGAACCAAAUCAAGGGCCCAAAUCGUGCAUCAAGCGCAAGUCGUCCUCUGCAGCUGAUGAGAAGAGCCCGAAAGGAAACGCCUCCCCAACCAAGAAGCUGUGUAGAACUCAUGAUGCUCUCAGCCAUAGGCAUUUACCCACCACCACCUCCAUCCUGCCAGGCAGCAGUAGUCCCCACAAAUUCAACUCGUCCCGAGUGGCUCAGUACCAACAAGACAAUCUGGAGGCACCUAGGAGACGUCUGUCCUCUAGACUACAGCUGCCCUCCAACCUCAAUGAAUGGCUGAAAACCUUCCAGAAUUGGAAUGUACCAGAGCAGAGACUGGCCCUAGAUGAGCUGAUCAACCACUGUGAGCCCACGCUAGUCAGGCAUGUCAUGUCCAUCAUUGAACCUCAAUUCCAAAGGGAUUUCAUCUCACUACUACCUCGAGAGCUUGCUCUAUAUGUGCUAUCAUUUCUUGAACCUCGCGACCUCCUACGAGCUGCCCAGACUUGCCACUACUGGAGAAUCCUCUGCGAAGAUAACCUCCUCUGGAAAGAGAAGUGCCGGGAGGCUGGCAUUGAUGAAGUCAAUGGCAAGCAGACCCGGCGCCGUUCCAAUUCCGGAGUGCCCCGCAGCCCUUGGAAGAGUAUGUACCUGAGGCAGCACCAAAUCGAGUACAACUGGAGGUUUGCAGACAUCAAACAACCAAAGGUAUUGAAGGGUCACGAUGAUCAUGUGAUCACCUGUUUACAGUUCAACGGUCAACGAAUCGUCAGUGGUUCGGAUGACAACACACUCAAAGUAUGGUCAGCAACUACGGGCAAGUGUCUGAGAACUCUCGUCGGUCACACCGGCGGCGUCUGGUCAUCUCAGAUGUCCAACAACAUCAUCAUCAGCGGCUCAACAGAUCGGACGCUCAAAGUGUGGAAUGCAGAUACUGGUCAGUGUAUACACACACUGUAUGGGCACACGUCGACGGUUAGAUGCAUGCAUCUCCACGGUAGCAAGGUCGUUAGUGGUUCCAGGGACGCAACCCUCCGAGUUUGGGACAUAGAGACCGGUCAGUGCCUGCAUGUUCUCAUGGGUCACGUGGCUGCAGUCCGCUGCGUCCAGUACGACGGCAGGCGAGUGGUCAGCGGUGCCUAUGACUACACUGUCAAAGUCUGGAACCCUGACAACGAGGAAUGCUUGCACACAUUGCAAGGGCACACAAACAGGGUCUAUUCACUGCAGUUUGAUGGUGUUCACAUUGUGAGCGGUUCCCUGGACACCUCCAUCCGUGUCUGGGAUGCAGAGACGGGGGAAUGCAAGCACACCUUGAUGGGGCACCAGUCGCUGACCAGCGGUAUGGAACUCAAGGAUAACAUCCUAGUCUCUGGCAACGCUGACUCCACGGUCAAAAUUUGGGACAUCACCAGCGGCCAGUGUCUACAGACACUACAAGGACCAAACAAACACCAAAGUGCAGUCACCUGUCUACAGUUCAGCAAGAAGUUUGUCAUCACUAGCUCAGACGACGGUACAGUCAAGCUCUGGGAUCUUCACACGGGGGAGUUCAUCCGCAACCUGGUCACCCUGGAGAGUGGAGGUAGCGGAGGCGUGGUGUGGCGCGUCCGGGCCAACCAGACCAAGCUAGUGUGUGCUGUGGGCAGCCGCAACGGCACGGAGGACACUAAACUACUGGUGCUAGACUUUGACGUGGACACCCAGAAACUAUGACAGGCGUCGGAGAGGCGAUAACUGCUGACUUUAGAACUUGUAACUGAUAGAGCUGGAUUUGCUUAGCACUGACAAAAUGGGGCUAAGCGUGAACAGAUUACCAGCUCAAAAAACUAUGUGUAACUGAUACAGCUGGGGUCAGAUUACCAGCUCAGAAACUGAGAAUUGAUACUGCUUGAUUCAGAUUGACUAAGCACUGGCCAAUUGUUGCUAAGCGAGAAAUGAUUACCUGCUCAAGAACUGAUAACUAAUACAGCUUGGGUCAGAUUGCAAAGUCGUCAGUGUUGCUUAGCGGUCAGUGUUGCUAAGCGGUCAGUGUUGCUAAGCGAGAAUGGAUAUCCAGCUCAAGAACUGAUAACUGAUACAGCUUGGGUCAGAUUCACUUAGCACUGACAAAAUGUCGCUAAGCGAGAAUGGGUUACCAACCAAAGUGCGCUGUUGAUGUACAUUGCUCUGACUAGUUCUCUGAAUUAAUUUGCUGAAUGCUGAUCAACGCUGAUUAAGAGAAGGAACUGCUGAACUCAACGCGCUGUAACUGCCUGGCUUGUGAAUACAAAGUGAUCAACAUGGUCGCCAUUGUCGCUUCUAACCUCAUAUUGAGGCAUCUGAUUGGUUGAUGCACAUCAUAUUGAGGCAUCUGAUUGGUUGAUGCACAUCCACCCUGCCACCAUGCAUCAUUGUCAUGCUUAUUUCUUUGUAAAGAUCUGCACAGUGCGAUUCAUUCUGAUACUCUAUGACUGAACGUCUAGUACCCG